CCACGUCGGCGGGCACGCCUACUCGGCCAACGUGAUGGUGUACCGCCGGCCGAACGCGUUCGGGCAGGACGACGACGAGAAGAAGGCGGAGGAGAAGGAGGCGGAGCAGCUGAACGGCGACGGCGGCGGUGACGUUGGUGCCGCGCAGUGCAUCUGGCUUGCGAGGGUGAUGCCGCAGGAUUGCGAGAACCUGAUCAACUUCACCGUGCUGAAGGGGAAGGUGGUCAAGCCGGAGGACCAGCUGCGGGGAGGGUUCAACAGGUCCAAGGGGCUGAUGAGCUGG